AUGCGCUCGUUGCUCGCUGCGUACCUUCCGGUUUCGGUUCCGGCUGCCACCCCGGCGGCUCGAUACGUGUCUGGCGGACCUUUGUUCGCCCAGGUCCUCACGUCUCCUCCGCGCCCGGCUGUCGUGCACGCUUCUCGGCCCGCCGACGUGCCGCCGCGCCCGGCCGCCCUGCCCGCGCCUGAUGGUCCCAAGCAGGCCUCCUUGACACAGUUCGGCGUCCACGGGGGCUACCCGUGCCCCAUCCACGGCACCCUCUCGUGCCCCUAG